AUGCCCAGAUCAGCUGUCACCCGUCCCAGUCAAAUUGUAGGAACAUCGAACAUUAAUAACACCGAAUCCGUGACACUAUUUGAGGACAUUGAUGAGUAUGAUCUGGACGAGUAUGAUCUGGACGAGUAUGAUACUAGUGACCAAAAUUACGACGGGGAUCUAAGCUUGGAUGAUAUAAGUAAUACUCACGGUAAUCUAUUCCAAGGAUUACCAGAGUUAGAAGUUGAACUGCCGAUAGAUGUACCGGCUUCCGAUCCUACCGAAAGUGAACUUUAUUCUGAAACGGAAACGUUACGUCUUAAGAGUCCGCCGAGAAAAGCACCUGAAUAUAUGUUGGAUUUAUAUGAUAUGCUCUCUAAAGAAGAGAUUUCAAAUCCAUCAGCUAAUAUUGUGAGAAGUUAUAUGAAUAUUAAUGACGACGAGAUUGGUGGACUAAGUGGCAAUACACAAUUACAAGGGGAAAGAGCAAGAAUCCAUACCCUAGCCUUUAACAUAACAAGUAUGGGCAAAGACGAGGAAAUCAAAUUAGCAGAAUUGCGGUUGUACACUCUGGUUAUUAGAGAUAGAAAUAUUUAUAUGGGAGUCGACAGGAAAGUAUUAGUAUUCGAAAUAUUAGACCGAUUUGCUUCAGAAGACGAAAAGUACAAUUUGAUAUCUCAAAAACAUGUGUACCGCCAUGACAGCGAAUGGGAAGUGUUUGACGUCACUUCCGCUGUGACACGUUGGGUGAGAAAUGUUAAUUCAUUUCAGGUUUUGGAAGUGAGAAUUGAGAGUGUUUUUUCUGGUGUUAUCGACGGUGAUAUGGAUAUAGAUGUUAAUCCAAUGGACAAAAAUGAUCCAUUACUUGUUGUUUUUUCUAACAACAAUCACCCCCAUCAACAACAUGAAAAUGAAAUUCAGGAGUUAAUACAACAUGAAAUUGAUAGUAAUCGUGAUGAAAUUCGGACUGGAGAAAUGGAGUCCGAUCAUAAACCUCAAAUAAAAUUGUCCAACUCUUCUCAGCAUUUAAGUCGCGUAAAAAGAAGCAGAUCUAAACAUAACAGAAGAAACAGUUGUCGGAGAAAACCUAUGACCGUGGAUUUCCAAAAAAUUAAUCUUCAUGGUGUAAUAGUAGCACCCACAAAAUAUAUGGCUUUUGAAUGUAUUGGGAAGUGUUAUAAUCCUAUCGGAGAUCACCUGACACCAACAAAACACGCCAUUAUUCAGACGAUGAUGCAUGGAUACAAUCCUAAACUAUAUUCCCGGGCAUGUUGUGUACCAACUAAACUUGAACCUAUAUCUGUGUUAUAUUACGAUGAUAAUGGCGUCAUCACAUAUAAAUAUAAAUAUGACGACAUGGUGGUUGGUGAGUGCGGUUGUAGGUGA